ACGGCCUUCCCACUGGGAACACAAACUCGCUGGCGGGAAGAACCCGGAAAGAAACCUGUGGAUCUCCCUUUGAGAUUGUCCAAAGAGAAGAAAGGUGACCUCACAUUCGUGCCCCUUAGCAGCACUCUGCAGAAAUGCCUCCUCAGCUGCAAAACGGCCUGAACCUCUCGGCCAAAGUUGUCCAGGGAAGCCUGGACAGCCUGCCCCAGGCAGUGAGGAAGUUUCUCGAGAAUAACGCUGAGCUGUGUCAGCCUGAUCACAUCCACAUCUGCGACGGCUCUGAGGAGGAGAAUGGGCGGCUUCUGGGCCAGAUGGAGGAGGAGGGCAUCCUCAGGCGGCUGAAGAAGUAUGACAACUGCUGGUUGGCUCUCACUGACCCCAGGGAUGUGGCCAGGAUCGAAAGCAAGACGGUUAUCGUCACCCAAGAGCAAAGAGACACAGUGCCCAUCCCCAAAACAGGCCUCAGCCAGCUCGGUCGCUGGAUGUCAGAGGAGGAUUUUGAGAAAGCGCUCAAUGCCAGGUUCCCAGGGUGCAUGAAAGGUCGCACCAUGUAUGUCAUCCCAUUCAGCAUGGGGCCGCUGGGCUCGCCUCUGUCGAAGAUCGGCAUCGAGCUGACAGAUUCACCCUACGUGGUGGCCAGCAUGCGGAUCAUGACGCGGAUGGGCACGCCCGUCCUGGAAGCACUGGGCGAUGGGGAGUUUGUCAAAUGCCUCCAUUCUGUGGGGUGCCCUCUGCCUUUACAAAAGCCUUUGGUCAACAACUGGCCCUGCAACCCGGAGCUGACGCUCAUCGCCCACCUGCCUGACCGCAGAGAGAUCAUCUCCUUUGGCAGUGGGUACGGCGGGAACUCGCUGCUCGGGAAGAAGUGCUUUGCUCUCAGGAUGGCCAGCCGGCUGGCCAAGGAGGAAGGAUGGCUGGCAGAGCACAUGCUGAUUCUGGGUAUAACCAACCCUGAGGGUGAGAAGAAGUACCUGGCGGCCGCAUUUCCCAGCGCCUGCGGGAAGACCAACCUGGCCAUGAUGAACCCCAGCCUCCCCGGGUGGAAGGUUGAGUGCGUCGGGGAUGACAUUGCCUGGAUGAAGUUUGACACACAAGGUCAUUUAAGGGCUAUCAACCCAGAAAAUGGCUUUUUCGGUGUCGCUCCUGGGACUUCAGUGAAGACCAACCCCAAUGCCAUCAAGACCAUCCAGAAGAACACCAUCUUUACCAAUGUGGCCGAGACUAGCGACGGGGGCGUUUACUGGGAAGGCAUUGAUGAGCCGCUAGCUUCAGGCGUCACCAUCACUUCCUGGAAGAAUAAGGAGUGGAGCCCAGAGGAUGGGGAACCUUGUGCCCACCCCAACUCCAGGUUCUGCACCCCAGCCAGCCAGUGCCCCAUCAUUGAUGCUGCCUGGGAGUCUCCGGAAGGUGUUCCCAUUGAAGGCAUUAUCUUUGGAGGCCGUAGACCUGCUGGUGUCCCUCUAGUCUAUGAAGCUCUCAGCUGGCAACAUGGAGUCUUUGUGGGGGCGGCCAUGAGAUCAGAGGCCACAGCAGCUGCAGAACAUAAAGGCAAAAUCAUCAUGCAUGACCCGUUUGCCAUGCGGCCCUUCUUUGGCUACAACUUUGGAAAAUACCUGGCCCACUGGCUUAGCAUGGCCCAGCACCCAGCAGCCAAACUGCCCAAGAUCUUCCAUGUCAACUGGUUCCGGAAGGACAAGGAAGGCAAAUUCCUCUGGCCAGGCUUUGGAGAGAACUCCAGGGUGCUGGAGUGGAUGUUCAACCGCAUCGAUGGGAAAGCCGGUGCCAAGCUCACACCCAUAGGCUACAUCCCCAAGGAGGAUGCCCUGAAUCUGAAAGGCCUGGGGCACAUCAACGUGAUGGAGCUCUUCAGCAUCUCCAAGGAAUUCUGGGAGAAGGAGGUGGAAGACAUCGAGAAGUAUCUGGAGGAUCAGGUCAAUGCUGACCUCCCCUGUGAAAUUGAGAGAGAGAUCCUUGCCUUGAAGCAAAGAAUAAGCCAGAUGUAAUCAGGGCCUGAGUGCUUUACCUUUAAAAUCAUCCCCUUUCCCAUCCAUAAGGUGCAGUAGGAGCAAGAGAGGGCAAGUUUUCCCAAAUUGACGCCACCAUAAUAAUCAUCACCACACCGUGAGCAGAUCUGAAAGGCACACUUUGAUUUUUUUAAGGAUAAGAACCACAGAACACCGGGUAGUAGCUAAUGAAAUUGAGAAGGGAAAUCUCAGCAUGCCUCCAAAAAUUCACAUCCAAUGCAUAGUUGUUCAAAUUUAAGGUUACUCAGGCAUUUGAUCUUUUUAGUGUUUUUUCACUUUAGCUAUGUGGAUUAGCUAGAAUGCACACCAAAAAAAUACUUGAGCUGUAUAUAUGUGUGUGUGUGUGUGUGUGCAUGUAUGCACACAUGUGUCUGUGUGGUAUAUUUGUGUAUGUGUAUUUGUAUGUACUGUUAUUGAAAAUAUAUUUAAUACCUGUGGAAAAAUCUUGGGCAAGAUGACCUACUAGUUUUCCUUGAAAAAAAAGUUGCUUUGUUAUUAAUAUUGUGCUUAAAUUAUUUUUUUACGCCAUUGUUCCUUACCUUUACAUAAUUGCAAUGUUUCCCCCUUACUACUUCUUGGAAAAAAAUUACAAAAUAAAGUUUUAUAGAAAAGA